AUGUCUGCCGAAGAGAAAAAAGCUACAUCAGCGGUUACAAAUAUCUGGUCGCGUAUAAGCUUUCCUGGUGCUCUUAAGAAAAAACGAGCAAGUAAUGCAGGAGAAGAUGAAAAAUUAUCAGUUUUAUCAGCAGUUGAACGACAAACAGAAGCUUCACGUAAAGGUGGAACGAUUUGGGAAGCUGUACGUAAAGCUGAUGAAGAAGGAUUUCAACGUCUUGUAACUCUAGAUCCGAAAAAUGUUGAUGCACGUGGACCUGUUGGUGAAUGUCCAAUUCAUAUGUUAUUUUUAUAUGGAACUGAAACUCAUCUUAAGAUGGCUCAAUAUUUAAUAAGAAACUUUCCUUAUACAAUAACACAAAUAUACAAUCUACCUGAAUAUUAUGGGGAAGUAGCACUUCAUAUUGCAAUUAUUAAACAAAAUCCGACCAUGGUUGAAUGGUUAUUAGGUGAUCCAUUGAAUGAACCUUAUCAAGUACAACAACUAACGUCAGCCGCUAAAGGAAAAUUUUUCUCAGUCGGCAGACCGUGUUAUUAUGGUGAAACACCAUUAGCAUUUGCAUGUUGUACGAAUCAAUGGGAUAUAGUCGAAAUUUUACUAAAAUAUGGUGCUUCAAUGGACGCGGUUGAUUCAAAUAGUAAUACUGUAUUACAUUUACUUGUUAUUCAAAAUUUACCUGAAAUAUAUACAAAAUUUAAAGAACGUUGGUUACAAGAACAAGAAGAAGAUAACGAUUCUAGCGACGAAGAAGAUGAAUUGUAUCAAAUAGAAAAAAAACGAGUCAUUCCAAUAUGGAAACGUUUAAAUAAAGAUGGUUUUACACCUUUAACAUUAGCGGCUAAGAUCGGUCAAGCGGAAAUGUUCUCAUUUUUACUUGAAGAACGUAAAAUAACACAAUGGAGUUUUGGACCGGUUGCAUGUGUACUUUAUCCACUAGAUCAAGUUGAUUUAGAAUUUCGAGAAGAUAAUCUUGAAGCACAAGUUGGAGCAUUAGAAAUCAUUGUACAAACUGCACAUGUUGAACUUAUUAUGCAUCCGCGUAUGAUUGAUUUAGUUAAUAAAAAAUGGGAACGUUUUGCAAGAAAAAUUUUUUUUAAUCGUUUUUUGGCUACAUUUUCUUAUUUAAUGGUUUUUCUUAUUACAACUAUUCUUGAUCAAGUUCGAACAGAGACGUUUGAAGGUGAAGGUGAAGAUGCAGUUAUAGUAGAUAUUGAACCUUCAGGGAUGAUUGUACAAGGAAUAUGUACUGUUGGUAGAAUGAUUGUUCUAGCAGGUGCUAUAUGGAAAGGAAACAGUGAAUUUAAAGAAAUGAACAAUGUCGGUAUACGGAAAUAUUUUAAUACAACGGGUUCAGGUCUUCUUGAAAACAGUUUAUCAUGCGCGUUUUGUUUGACUAUUUAUAUAACUAAUAUUCUUCGAAUAUUAGGUAUGCGAGCUGAAAUAGCAGGACUAGCACUAGCAUCAAUUCUUGGUUGGGGUUAUAUGUUAUUUUUUGUUAUGGCAUUUCGUUUAACUGGUCCAUUUGUUGUGAUGAUAUAUGAAAUGCUUUUAAAUGAUGUUCUCCGAUUUUGUGUUAUUUAUGUGGUAUUUCUUGGAGGAUUCUCACAAACAUUUUUUAUUUUAUUUGAACAAAAUGGUUUUGGUGGUUUCCUUGUAAGUGUUAAGCAAUGUUUUCUAGGCAUGCUAGGAGACUUUGAUCUUGAUGCUUAUACAGAAACAACAUAUAGUUAUAUAAGUGUUACACUGCUGAUUGUUUAUAUUAUUGUUGUCACAAUUCUUUUACUUAAUUUACUUGUUGCUAUGAUGGGUGAUACAUAUGGAAAUAUUAUUGAAGGUGCAACACAAGUAUGGCAUUUAGAACGUGCACGUAUUGUAUUUGCAAUUGAAAAUGAGAUGUCCAAUGAAGAACGAAAUUUACCGCAAAAUAAAUAUUGGACUAAUGUUGAUGGUGAACGUUAUUUACAAGUAGAAGAAGUUGAUGCUAACGUUUUUCGUAAAGAUAAGAAAGACACUGGUGAUGGCGAUGAUGCUGACGAAAAAUCAGGAUAG